AUGACAACAGAAUAUAUAAUAUUUGUCAUCUUUUUUGGAGUAACUUACAUCAUUGGAGUUUCUCUCAAUAGUUUUAUUGCAGCUUUUACUAUCAAGAACCGUAUUAGAGGAGAACCUCAAAGCCCUGUUGAUCUCAUUCUUACUGUCCUGGGACUUUCUCAUGUUAUGAUCCAGAACGUUCAAUUAUUUGGUUUUGUUGCAGCUGUUACAGUAAGUGAUUUGCUUUGUUCCUAUAAAAUAUAUGCUAUAUUUACUUUGUUCUAUGCCCUCAAUCUCAGCAGCUCAUGGACUACAGUGUGGUUAUGUUUAUUUUACUGCAUAAAAAUUGUCACCUUCCAACAUUGUCUGCUGAUGUCCCUAAGGCUGAGACUUCCUACACUUGUGCCUCGUCUGCUCUCAGGAUCAGUUAUAGUGUCAUUUAGCUAUAUGGCUCUCUUUACACUUAUAACAGAAGAACUGACUCCUUUGUUUAAAGAUCUUAAUUAUACAGAGUGUAAUGAUCAACAACAGCUCCCUGCAAAGCAGUUCCUUACUAAUAUAAAUUAUGCAUUUGACUUUGGUGUUUCCAUCGCAUCAUUACUGGUUCUGUUAUCACUGGGUUUGACUCUCACCUCCCUUGGGUCACAUGUGCUUAGAAUUCAUAAAGGAUUGUUUGGGAUUAGCUCUUCACAACUUACAGCUCAUAUCAACGCCAGCAGAUCCAUUGCUCUGUUUCUAAUACUGCAGAUAGGUUUAUAUGUGGUGCAGCUGAUAUCCAGUACAAUUGAAAUCACUGGUGAUACAGUAUGGUACUGGUGUAUCUCAUUCAUUUUGUAUUCCUAUAGCCCCUUGAAUGCUCUUUUAUUGAUCAUGGGAAAUAGGAAACUAAGGUUGGCUUGUGUUUUUAUUUGCUCCGGGAAGUUCAUUAAACACAAAGGCAAUAGGAAUCGACCAACAAAGAUGUAA